GUAGUUUCCAAUAAAAUCACGUUUCUCUGUCGCUCGCUCUCUUCAUUCGAUUUUCCAUUUUAUAUCUAAUCUCUCCCAUUUCACUCUCUGCCUCUCACAUGCACAUCAGACACAUUUUAGAGAGAGAAAGAGAAGAGAGAUGUUUUCUUCUCAGUUGCAGAGCUUUCAGCCAUUGAUUCUCUCUCCACCACGAGGCCGUCGACUCAACCGUUUCUCAUCGAAGAGGAGAGAAGAAGAGAGGGACUCAACACUAAGCCAAUUUCAGUUGAUUGCAAGUUCAAAGUUACAAGUGCGAUAUUUUGUCACACAGCAUACAGGAAAAUGGAAGGCCAGUUCCCAAUGUAGAACAGGCAGGUUGAGUUCCUGUAUGCAUACAAAUGUUGCAGAUGAUUCGGCUACCAAAUUCUCCAAGGUGGACCAGGAUAGUUGUUUCAAGUAUCACAAAGCAAAAGUGGCGGCAGGCUUGGCAUCCUCAUAUUUCCUUCUCAGAUUGAAGAAGUCAAAUCUUUUCGUUACUUUCCUAAAGGUGGUCCAUGAGAAACUUCCCUACGUGGUUCAAACUUUUGGAGCAGCAACCUCACCUUUUGCUUGUGUUUCAAAUUCCUUGAACAAACCCAUGCCUCUUAAGUUGGAUGUAUCUUUGCCGUCAUUUCAAGAUAUUAGAUGGAGCUUUGCACGACUGCUGUAUUUAUUUAAUGUGCAACUUGAGAGAAAUAUUGCCACGUUCUUUAUCGUGCUCCUUGUAGCAUGCUUCUCAUUUGUAAUGAUUGGUGGCUUUCUGUUCUUCAAGUUCAGAGAAAACAGGGGUAGUACACAAUCUUUGGAGGACUGCUUUUGGGAGGCUUGGGCAUGUCUGUGUUCAUCCUCAACUCAUUUAAAACAAAAAACACGUAUUGAACGUGUUAUUGGCUUUAUUCUUGCUAUAUGGGGAAUAUUGUUCUACUCUCGUCUGUUGAGCACAAUGACCGAAGAGUUCAGGAACAAUAUGCAAAAGCUCAGAGAAGGGGCACAAAUGCAAGUUCUGGAGUCUGAUCAUAUCAUUGUUUGUGGAGUCAACUGUCAUCUGACUUUCAUACUGAAACAACUAAAUAAGUAUCAUGAAUUUGCUGUGCGCUUAGGUACUGCUACAGCUAGAAAGCAGAGGAUUCUUCUUAUGUCAGAUCAGCCAAGGAAGCAGAUGGACAAACUAGCUGACAACAUUGCUAAAGAUCUUAACCAUAUUGAUGUCCUUACGAAGAGUUGCAGUCUUAGCUUGACAAAAUCGUUUGAAAGGGCUGCUGCCAAUAAGGCUCGUGCUGUAAUUAUUUUGCCAACAAAGGGAGAUCGGUAUGAAGUUGAUACAGAUGCAUUUUUGUCUGUGCUAGCUCUUCAACCAAUUCCAAAGAUGGAAUCUGUCCCUACUAUUGUUGAGGUCUCAAGUCCGAAUACAUGUGAUCUCUUAAAGUCAAUCUCUGGGUUAAAAGUCGAACCAGUAGAAAAUGUUGCAUCAAAACUGUUUGUUCAAUGCUCUCGUCAAAAGGGUCUCAUAAAGAUCUACAGACACUUACUCAACUAUCAAAAAAAUGUCUUUAAUCUCUGCAAUUUUCCUAACCUAGCGGGAAUAAGAUAUGGACAGUUACGACGUGGUUUCCAAGAGGUAGUUGUAUGUGGGCUCCAUCGGGAUGGCAAGAUAUACUUCCAUCCAUAUGAUGAUGAGAUCUUACAACAGACUGACAAAAUAUUAUUCAUUGCACCUGUUCACCGAGGUAGGAAACCACAGGUUGCCUAUCCAAAGAUUGAUGAAGAAACUAGUAACUCUGCUCAGAAGUUGGAAGUUACAGAAAGAGACGGUCAAAAUUCAGAUCGUGCUUUGGAACUAAGGAAAUUCCGACUUGAUAGUAUAGUAAAACGUCCUGCCAGAUCAGGUUCCAAGGCUUCAAACUGGACUGUAGGACCAAAAGAAUUUAUACUUUUGCUCGGUUGGCGCCCGGAUGUUGUGCAAAUGAUUGAAGAAUACGAUAAUUAUCUUGGACCUGGCAGUGUAGUGGAAAUAUUAUCAGAAGCAACUUUAGAUGACAGGAAUAGAGCUAGCAAAGUUUCUGGUCAAGGGAAACUAAAAAAUAUUCAAGUUUCUCAUAGGAUUGGAAAUCCCAUGAACUAUGACACUCUUCAGGAUACCAUAAUGAAUACUCAAAAUUCUUUGAAGAGGGGCAAAAAUAUUCCCUUAUCCAUUGUUGUCAUAUCUGAUAGAGAAUGGCUUCUUGGAGAUCCUUCCAGGGCAGACAAACAUGCUGCAUAUUCUCUUCUUCUUGCGGAAAAUAUCUGCAAUAAACAUGGAGUGAAGGUGCAAAAUCUAGUUGCGGAGAUUGUGAACUCGAAACUGGGAAAACAAAUUACAAGAAUUAAGCCGUCCCUUACUUACAUCGCAGCAGAAGAAGUAAUGAGCCUUGUAACAGCUCAAGUUGCUGAAAACAGUGAACUGAAUGAAGUGUGGAAAGACAUUCUAAAUGCAGAAGGUGAUGAAAUCUAUGUCAAGGAUAUUAGCCUCUACAUGAAAAAAGGAGAGAAUCCAUCAUUCUCCGAGCUUGCCGAAAGAGCGCAUCUACGACGAGAAGUUGCCAUAGGCUACGUGAAAAACAACAAAAAGGUUAUUAAUCCAGUUCCGAAGUCAGAACCCCUCUCCCUUGAAAUAACGGAUUCACUAAUCGUGAUAUCUGAGCUCGAAGGAGAACAACCGAUUAUUUUGUCUAGAGCAUACCCCUAACCUUGCUCUGUUCCCUUCUGCAAAAGGGCAUCAAAUUUUGUUUACACAAAUUGAUGCUGAUACGGUCUUGUCCAAGGUCAUUAAUGAAGGAAAGACGAGAAGUUUUGAAGAUGAUGAAGUUUUUUAAUACCCUUGUAGUACAAACAAAUUAUUUCAGACUUAAAAAACUAUUAGCAUCCACGUUAUUGUAAGAUUAAUUUAAGCACCAUAAUUUUUAUUGUUAUUAUUUUUGAAAUUUGUUGAUGUCAGGAUGUACUCUCCAGGAGAACUCUUGGGUUUAGUUAGAAAAGCUUUUGAAUUA